CUAACGAAGAAAAAGAUGGAAGAGAGAGUCAAGAGAGACAGAGAGGUCUGGCAGCGAUUGAGAGGAAGGAGGGGAUUUUGCUUUCAACAAUCGAAGAAGAUGAAGAUAAAAGAGCCUGCGAAGCAAAUACAUGGAAGAAGAAGCUCCACUUUCGUAGCCCUAAUCGUAAGACCAGAUCAGAUGAAAGAAAAUCCCAGAGAAUUGAAUCCAUAUUUUAAGAAUAAUGGAACUGGUUAUCCGGAAGAAGCUGGUGGGACAAAGGCUGGACGGAACCAACUUCUGUCUUCUGCUGUUGUUGGAGAUGGAGGUGCAAGUUGGAGACUGAAAGCCUUGAAGCGAGCUCAGGAGCAGGCAGCUCGUGAAGGAAUGGCCCUUGAGGAGGUUGUUGGAGAGCAGUGGGGAUCCCUAGGUCAGCUGGCAGUUUCUGUGGCAUCUCGUACAGCUGCUCCAUCGCGUGCUCACCUCCGUGCCAUAAAAAAUAGAAAGAAGGGGCUAAGUGAGGAACAACAAACGACUGUGGAUGAUCGGAAUGAAAAGGUUACUGAAAAGAAUAUUGGCCGAGAAAGGCUAAGGGAUCGUCGUCAUUCAGAGAUGAAAGUGCCUAAGCUUCAUGAUUCUUUAUCUUGGGGCAAGCGGAAAAGUCAAAGCAUGUCAUCUAAUAAAGAUUCUGAUCUUAUCUCUACUGCAAUGGCAAGCUUAAAUAAGUUUGCAAACGAUGGCAACUUUAUGAGCGAAGUUAUUCGUCAGCAGAACGAUGACCGCGGUGGUUCUCCAUAUAAUUGUGAGAGAAAUGUGGAGUCAGAAAUGGUUUCAUUUGAAUCUCAGAAACCUGGUGAAUCUAGUGCAAUUGUUAAUCAGGGAAUGAGUGCUAACCAGUUGGCCGCAAAAGCUUUGCAACUUUGUUUGAAAGGAAAGCAUGAAGAAGCUGAAAAACUUUUGAAAGAAGUGGAGAACAUUAAAGCGAAGCAAGGUACUGUGGAUGAAUCCAGUGAAGCACAAAAUGAGAGAAACAAAAGAAGGCAAUUUUUUGUCUCACAAUUAUUUAUUCAGUUCAGAUAUGGCACACGUGACACAUCUAUUCAGCAAAGAAAGAAAGAAGACGAUGCUGACAUGCACCUUGCCCAAAAGAUAGCACAAAAUAAACAGUACAGUAUAUCUGGUCGGGCAGAUGAUGAAUAUGAUUUUGAUGAUGGUCCAAGGAGAAAGACUCGGAAGAAAGGGGCCAAAGAUAAUAAGUUAACUGAGAAGACUAAUUUUCCCCAGCGAAUCUUUACUCAGCAAGAGCGUUGCCAAUUCUGUUUUGAGAACCCCAGCAGGCCAAGACAUCUUGUGGUUGCUAUAGCCAAUUUCACCUACCUCAGUUUACCACACUGGCAGUCCAUUGUGCCAGGCCAUUGCUGCAUUUUAACCUCGCAGCAUGAAUCAGCCACAAGGGCUGUUGACAAUAAUGUGUGGGAUGAAAUUCGCAACUUCAAGAAAUGCCUUAUCAUGAUGUUUGCAAAGCAAGGGAAGGAUGUAGUGUUCCUUGAAACUGUGAUGGGAUUGGCGCAGCAAAGGCGUCAUUGUAUGGUUGAGUGCAUUCCUUUGCCCCAAGACAUAGCAAAACAGGCACCUCUCUAUUUUAAGAAGGCAAUUGAUGAAGCUGAAGGUGAGUGGAGCCAGCACAAUUCAAAGAAGCUCAUUGAUACGAGUGAAAAGGGGUUGCGUGGUUCAAUCCCCAAGGAUUUUCCGUACUUCCAUGUUGAAUUCGAAUUGAAUAAGGGGUUUGUUCAUGUUAUGGACGAUGAAAAGCAGUUCAAAAGCAACUUUGGACUCAAUGUUAUAAGGGGGAUGCUGCGAUUGCCGGAAGAGGACAUGUAUGGUCGUAGGAAGCAUGAUUCAGUGGAGACACAAAAGCAAGCUGUUGCACGUUUUGUCAAAGAUUGGGAACCUUUUGAUUGGACGAAACAACUGGACUAAACAGCAUUCUAUUUCCUUAACUAUGUGAUGCUCUUGUGCAGAAUCAAAAACGGAUGUUAGGCUGAGUUUAGUAAAUUUUGAUGAAAGAAUUGGAGUAGUUCAGAAUCAAAAACUUGUAGCAGAGAUAUUGGUAUUUUUUGGUUAAUGAGAAAAACGGAUGUUAGGCUGAGUUUAGUAAAUUGUGUAGUGUAUGGGUUUUUAUGGGUUGGUGGUCAUUUUCUAAAAAAGGCAGAAGGUUAGAUGUUUUCACAAAAUGCAAUGGCAGCCAUUACACCUUUUGUUUCUGUAGAAGCAUGUAUUUGGAAUUACAUUCUAGACCCUAGUUCUUGUGUAAAACAUAUUUAUUGUAUUGUAUUAUGUGUGUGUUUGUGUUCUUUUA